AUGAUUCAACUUCUUCCUUUGGCCUAUACACAAUUUCAAAGUCUACCCGAUCUUCUCACAUCAUCGUUGCCUCAAUUAGAAUUCGGCAGUCAUUUAACAGCUAUUCAAGUUUUAAUCUAUUUUCUUAAACUUAUUCCAACUCGCAAUGAACUCGAUCCAUAUUUUAAUUCAUUCGUUGACAAGAGCAUGAAAUUACUCAUGGGUAUUAUCAAAUUACCCGUAUCUCGAGAAGAUGAAAAUGGUCAAAUACAUAUCGAAUGGGUUCAAACCUCACAAUGUGUCCUGGUAAAAGAUCCAUUCAUACGAAAGAUUCUUCCUCAAGAAUUACUAUUGUCCCAUUUCAAUAUGUAUUAUGUACCUGAACAGUUAGCAUCCGAAUGUAAUGAACGAACUCUAAUUAAAUUAGGCUGUGCUCCAUUACAAUUUUCUUCCAUUAUUCGACUUAUUAAAGAAUUGUACAAGCAACACGAGCAAGAACACUCGACGAAGACAUCAAGCAUUGAACAAAUUGCGCAGUGGUUGCUCUGUAUCGACUAUGUUCUUCAACAACAACAACAAGAAAGUGAACAGUCACGCGGUGGUCAAUAUGAAAGAGUUGAGACGACGACAAUAACCGAAUUAAAACAACUGAAAAUUAUUCCAUUAAGUGGUCAUUCGCGAUUAGUAUCCAUGGAUGAAUAUAAUGAAGAAGUGAUACUCUUUCCAUUAUCGAAAAAGAUCCAAUAUAAGAAACCGUUCAAGAUCGUUCUGGAAGAUUUACCUAGACUUGACGAACGACUACUUGAAUAUAUUGAAGAUAAAUUUCCACGACGGUAUGAGUCAAUCGAAUGUCUACUUAAAAAACUCGGUGAGUAUUAA